GGUGGGAGUAAUGACGUCGCAGCUCUCAUUCGCUCCAUUCACUGGCCGGCCGCCGUCGCGACUAGUCGUAACGAAUCUGUCCUGCUUUCUUCUGAACAUCGAUACCGUUCCAGGAUCUAACGGAAUAUCCCGGAAGUGCGCUUUGGGCUCACCUCUCUUUCGCCAGAGCGGACACAUUUUUCAUCGUGCGACCCGAGAUUCGCCUAGACUCGCCGUUUCUCACUUUGGGUGAUCGAUACCGAUCGUUGUGCUCCCUGAUCGAUACCUAGAAUGUAUUUGUGAAAGCUACCUCGCUUCGCGGUCUCUGUCUUUCUUCUCGUCGUAUUUACCUACCGUGCUUAUGCGUGUAUGCGUGCCCGUGCGCACAUGCACGUAUGAUUUGUGUACAUAGUAGUGUUUGUUCGGAUUCGAGAAGGUCUUUGGACGCGAAAGGAUACGAUCGAUUGCGAUUAGUGAAACGAGAUAUGACCGUCGCCGGAAAGAGAUUUGUGGACUGUACCGUUUUGGAAACUGGCAACAUUACCGACGCAGUAGAUUCUUCCUAUGAUAGCGAUUACGAAGUCGAAGAUUUAAUUUCGUCCAAUAAUGCGAAUUCGCAAUUAGAACUGCAGGUGACUACACCAACCCAUUCAGAUGUAUCAAGAACAUUCUCUGAUACUCUAGCUGCUGAAUUUGCAGAAUAUAUUACAAUUCAAGGAAGUCCACCUAAUCAAAAUCCAGGGUAUACAGCUAGAGUAGAGUUUGCACUGAAACUUGGAUAUACAGAACAUUUGGUUCAGAUGGCAUUACAGAAACUGGGCCCUGAUCCAGAACAAAAUGAACUUUUAGCUGAGCUGAUAAAACUUGGUGCAAGUUGUUCAGUAAAGUCAGAAGAAGGGCCAGAGGAAUCGGAGAACGCGUCAGAGAAAGAUUCAGCAAGUAAUGAAAAUACUGCUGGAUGUUCUACUAGGCUUAGGCCUGUUGUGAUCGAUGGAAGCAAUGUAGCCAUGAGUCAUGGAAACAAAGAAGUAUUUUCAUGUAGGGGAAUAAAAAUUUGUGUGGAUUGGUUCAAAGCAAAAGGACACAAAGAAAUUACCGUAUUUGUACCAAAAUGGAGAAAAGAGGCCUCUAAAAUUGAUAAUCCGAUCGCUGAUCAAGAAAUCCUCGGAGAGCUGGAACGAGAUCGUUUAUUAGUUUUCACGCCAUCUAGAUUAGUUGGUGGUAAGCGAAUGGUUUGUUAUGAUGAUCGCUACAUUUUGAAACUAGCAGCAGAGAUCGAUGGUAUUGUUGUAAGCAAUGAUAAUUACAGAGAUUUAGCACAAGAAAAUCCCGAAUUUCGAAAAGUUGUGGAAGAAAGAAUAUUGAUGUAUACUUUUGUGAACGAUCGUUUCAUGCCUCCCGACGAUCCGCUAGGUAGAAGUGGGCCAACUUUAGAAAACUUCUUGAGAACUUUUCCGAAAACGUUGGAUCCUGCUCCACCAUGCCCAUACGCAAAAAAAUGUACGUAUGGAAACAAAUGCAAAUUUCGACAUCCAGAAAGAGGCCCUUAUCCACAGAAAUCUGUCACGGAAAAAUUAGUAGAACAUGUACAAAAACAUCUUCAAGCAAGGAAUUCCACCUCAAACCUUUCCUCACCGAGCAAUGCAUCUUCCAAAACACAUCAACCGCUUUGUAAAAGCAGAUCAACGGCAACUAGUACCGUUCAGCCGUCAGCGUCAGUAACGAAAAGUAAAUCCGCCGAAAAUGUUGCGAUUGAACAACCUCUAGUUUCUGGUGUUCAUGAGACCCAAGUGUCGCCAACGACGAGUUCGCAAGGUUAUCGGACUUCGAUGCGGACAUCUGAAAGAUUAAAUAAAUCAGACCCAGAACCACCCAAUUUACACAGAAAACUUCAGAGACAAUUAACUUUAAAUCCGGUCUACGAUCCUAGGCUUUGCCAAUUGAGACAAUAUCAGCAGAUAUCGCCGUCGAGUACUGCACCCCAACAGACGGCAGUUGCUUCUUCCAGCUCACAACACAGACCUUUAACUAGACAUUACAGUAAUGAAUCGCCGUAUAGAGUUGGCGUAAAUUGGGAUCACUCAGAUGUAAGGCAGUGUCAUCAACACGUAACACGUAUCGCAUCAGCGCCAGAUUCUUAUCAUGCUGGACCGUCAAGUAACUCUAAUAUCGGAUCGGAAACAACAUCGGGAUUAAAUCAACAAUUGGGAGACUCGGAUUCAGAAUCUGAUGAAGUAUUCGGCUCGAGGUGCCCAUUGUACCAAUUGUUGCCUUCAGUCGCGGUGAAACUGUUGUUGGACGAGAGAAAAGAAGUGCAAGAUCAUCUGCUUCGUAUUUUCCCCAAAGAUCAAGUGAAAUUAGCUAUGUUGCUUCAUCCUUUCGAAACAGAUCCAGUCGAGUUCUGUAUCUUUAUGUUAAAAAAAUUUCCUCGUCGCCAGAACAAGUAAGACUCACAUUAUUUAUUCACUUAUUCAAUGUGUAGUAUUAUACAAAUACAUUUAAGGAAACACGAAUUUUAUACAAACAUUGAAUAAGAGAAAAAUACAAACAACUCGAGUAGUACAUAUUAAACAAAGUUCAUUGUCAGUAUCAUUGUUGUCAUCGGUGUGAUCAAAAUGAAUAAAAUCUUUCUAUGUAAAUAGUCAUGAUAUGACUAAUUGAUAACAGUUGCUCGUAGUGUAACAAUAAGUAUAUGUUUCGUAAAACAGUUGUAAAGAAAAUUUUAUUUAAACUUCAGGGGUUCCAGCUCGAUUACCUCUAUUUGAUCGUAAAAAUUGUCGAAGUCAAAUUUUUUAUUAUGAAUUUAACUGAAUUUCAACAGUUAGUAGGAUUAGACGUUGUUACCUAAAAAAAAAAUUUGUUCACAAAUUUUUUAUGUCAAAAUGACGAAAAAUUCUGGGUGAAAAUCGUUGAUCUGUCUACAAACGUGCAAAGUAAAAGAUUUGAUUUUUUGAAGGCAGAAUUGUGAAGUGUAAUUUAAAAUAUUGAACUUGAUCCCUUUUUCCUUGAGAGUUUAAUAUUAAUCCUUAUCGGACGCGUGUCACCAUACACGUGACAUUACACUUUUUAUCAUAGCGGACGUUUUUCUUUUGUUGUGUUACAUAGCGAACUAUUCUUCCAUAUUCGAUGAUAUAGCGACAACUCAGGUAUGAGAAUCUAACAUCCGAUAAGGAUUAACUGGUUAUAUACUCUAAUAUGAGGAUAAGCUCGCGUUUUUUUUUUAUUGCGAUAUAUUGUUCAUAUUUCUUUGUAAACAUUUUAUUUAUAAUACCCUCCGUAUUAUUAACUUGAAAGUAAACCGUUAAGAAUGCAUCUAUAUAAAAAUAAUUGAAGAGACGAAUUGAACUUCACCAUAAUACAAUUAACAGCUCUUUAUUUUUAGACAAUAAUAUCAUUACAACUUAUGGAGUAGCUGUUAACAGGUAAUUAAAGUGAAAAAUAAAUUUAAAAAUUCUAAAUCAUUGAUGUGUUCGUAACCUAUAUCAGUAAUAGUAUAUAAAAUAAUGGUUAGUGUAGCAUUGUUACAUUAUUAAUAAUAAUUAUCACCACAUAACAUCACUAUCCGUCUUCUUUAACACAGAUUAUUUUUGUAAUGUUUAUAUUUUAAGCAACUAAGCAGGUGCUACCCAGCCACCAAAUGCUUUCUCCAGUUCUUGUGCUACGGCUAGACAUAAAUGAUCCUUAUAUGGAGCUGCUACAACCUUUAAUAGAAUAAUUUUAAUGAUUCGGCGAAAAGAGAAUAUUGAAAAUCUUAUGUCAAAUAUUUCCAAGUAUUAUAAUAUUAUGUUUACAACAUAUAUUUCUAAUGUUUUACAAUUAAAUAGGAUGAAUAUCUUACCUGUACCCCAAGAGGUAAUCCAUUUUUAUCUAAUCCAAGUGGUACUUGACAAGUUGGAAGCCUAAGGACGUUAAAGAGACACCAAUAACCGAAAUUGAAGGGUCUCAAAUAAGCUGUGUAGUGAUAGCCAGCUGGAAAUGGUGAAGAUGGAUAAAAUAAGACUCCAUCGUCUUUCAAUUUGUCCUAAAAAAGAAGAUAUACCUUUUAUACAUCGUAAUUUUAAUAGUUCGGAAAUAUCAAAACGAAUAAGAACAAAUUAAUUUAUAAAAUAAAAAUCUCCAAUAAAAAAUUAAAUUGUAUCGAUAUAUACUGUUUAUCUCUCCGUAUGUCUAAAAUGUGAACA